CCAGGGGCGGGACGAGAGCCCGGAGGCGGCGGGGGGGGGCUUAGGAUUGCGGAAGUUUUGUGAGAAGGGUCGGGCGGCCCUUGGAACGCCGUGUGGUUUUGGAACAAGUUCCAGAAAGGAAGCUGCCGCUCGGUGUCCAAGAACCCCCGGCGUGCGCACGCUUGGGGCAACACCCGGCGCGAUUCGAUAUUGCCGCUGUUGGCUUCCUCUGCUCUCGUUCUUCCCUAGAGAACCGCCUCGGAUCUCCGCCAUGACAUCCACCUCGUCCAACCUCCAGAAAGCAAUAGAUCUUGCAGGCAAAGCAGCCCAGGAAGACAAAGCUGGGAACUAUGAGGAAGCUCUUCAACUCUACCAACACGCUGUUCAGUAUUUCCUUCAUGUAGUUAAAUAUGAAGCUCAAGGUGAUAAAGCCAAGCAAAGUAUUAGGGCAAAGUGUACAGAAUAUCUUGAUAGAGCAGAAAAACUAAAGGAGUACCUGAAAAAGAAAGAGAAAAAUCCACAGAAGCCAGUGAAAGAGGGACAACCGAGUCCAGCUGAUGAGAAGGGGAAUGACAGUGAUGGGGAAGGAGAAUCUGAUGAUCCUGAAAAAAAGAAACUACAGAAUCAACUUCAAGGUUGCUUUAGAUUUCAUUUUUAAAUUUACUAUUUUACUUUAAAAAAAAAAAAAAACCUCAUAGUGAAUUGUCUAUUUGA